UAGUUUUAAAUGACUUUAUUAUUUUUCAAAGUAUUCUCCAUGAAGCAAUUUUCGAAGCACUUAUUCUGGCAGAUCCAAAACGGCAUUUUUGCAUACGUCAACUGCUUCUUCUGGUAACUGGAACCUUUGACCACGCAGUCUGUUUUUAAUUUUCGGGAAAGUAAAGAAAUCGUUAGGACUUAGAUCGGGACUAUAUGGAGGAUGGUCCAAUAAUUCCACGUUUU